AUGGCCGCUGUCGACGACUACGACGAUGAGGACACGCUGGCCCUGUUCGACUUCCACGAGUCCCGUGCCGGUGAAUUGCAAAAAAAAAGUCCCGUGUGCGGCGUCUGCGGCCUCGUCGAGUCCGGCGUCACCACGGCCGUAGCGCUCGUGGGCGCCGCGGCACGCUCGUGCGGCUUCUUCCAGGUCACCAACCACGGCAUCCCGGUCGGCACCGUCGAGUCAGCGCUCUCCGCAGUUAGGGCCUUCAACGAGCAGCCGUUGGCGGCGCGCUCGGCGUACUACUCUGUCUCGAUCGCCGGGCCUGCCGUCUACACCACCGUGCCCAUCCCGCCGCGGAACGCCGGGCAGCAUGCCAACGUGCCUCUCCUGCCAUGGCGCGACACGCUCGUUCUCCGCUUCGGCCACGACAAAUCCCACCUCAACCACCUCCCCGCGGCGUGCCUGGAUGCACUGCUGGAGUACCACCAGUCGCUGACGGCGCUCGGGAAGGUGAUCGCCGGCCUGCUGUCGGAAGCGCUCAGCGUGGGAUCCGAGCAGCUGGACAGGGCAGUGCAGGUUGAAGCGACUCAUGCAGUGCCACUACUACCCGCCGUGCCCUCGGCCAGAGCGGGUUGUCGGCAGCCGUGUCCACACCGAGGUGAUUUCUUCACGGUGGUUGCGCAGGACGGCGUCGGUGGGCUGCAGGUGCGGCUCGACAGUCAUGGAGAUGCUUGGGUGGACGUCGUGCCCGUCACCGGUGCACUUCUUAUCAACAUCGGCGAGGUGCUAAAGGUACUAUAA